AUGGAAAGGCUGAGAGGAAACAUGGACUCCUUCACCACUCCCGUGAGAACUUCGGACUUUGUGCGGAGAAAGUGCUACAUCAGCGACAGUUCCGAGAAGGGCCCUUUGAGUCAACCGUUGAUGGAUACGUCGGAACCCAACCCUAAAACCCAAGCCCUCAUGAGGCACCCCGAUGAGUGUGACGGCCUCUCGUCAUCCACCCCCCUGGAGGUGGAAUGCGAUCAUGGCUCGGGAGAGUCACCAGCGGACAAGGUGAACGGAAAAGACGUUGCUCAGGGUGGAAAAUCUUACACAGGACCAUGUGGAGGAAGAGACUGUAGUAGGGGAUGUGAAUGUUUCCCUGAAAAAGGAGGCCGUGGUCAACCAGGGCUACUUGGACCUCAGGGAUUCUCUGGACCACCAGGAUUAAUGGGUAUCCCAGGUUUAGAAGGCCACAAAGGUCACAAAGGUGAAAGAGGGCGACCUGGAGUAACUGGACCAAAAGGAGACGUGGGGCUAACAGGAGUAACUGGUUUCGCUGGUGCAGAUGGUGUUCCUGGUCAUCCUGGGCAGUCAGGAUCAAGAGGGAAACCAGGUCACGAUGGCUGCAAUGGGACGAGAGGUGAUGCUGGUGAAAAAGGAAGUCAGGGGCCCAGCGGUCAACCUGGUUCCUUUGGAAUCCAAGGACCAAAAGGUCAGAAGGGGGAACCUUUUGUAAUGACUCCUGAGCUAGCAAGCAAAUUCAGGGGAGAGCCUGGUGAGCAGGGAUUGUUGGGCUUUCCAGGACCUCAAGGUGCUCGUGGUGUUGUGGGUUUAAUUGGUCCAACAGGAAAUCCAGGAAUACCAGGACCAAAAGGGCCACCGGGUUUCCCAGGACCACAAGGCAACAGGGGCCUGGGUUUUUUUGGAGAAAAAGGUGAAAAGGGUGAAAAAGGUCCACCGGGCCUUCCCGGGCUUCCAUCUACGUUGGAGGUGAACCUUCCUCCGGACAUAAACCUAGAAGGAUACAAGGGUGAAAAGGGAGUAAAAGGAGAAACAGGAGAACCUGGAACUCAAGGCUCACCCGCAUAUUCAGCAGAAAAAGGAGAAGAAGGAAUAAUAGGUUUUCCAGGACAAAGGGGAUUACCUGGUAUCAAUGGCAUCCCAGGAGCUGCCGGGGAAAAAGGUUUUCAAGGAUUUGAUGGCAUGCCAGGCAGCAGUGGUCCUAAAGGAAUGAAGGGAGAGCAGGGUGAGAGAGGGUUUCAAGGACCACCUGUUUAUACUCCGUUUGCAAGGAAAGGUGUAACAGGUGAUCCAGGAUUGCCAGGUGUUCCUGGGCUUGCAGGAGACCCAGGGUACCAAGGAGAUCCCGGCCUUCCUGGUCUUCCUGGAUCGUCAGAUGGCUUUCCUGAUGGCUCUGAAAGAAGAGGUUUACGUGGAGAAAUGGGUGCCAAAGGUUUUAGUGGAGAACCAGGUUUUCCAGCAACUCAGCCAGGCCCACCAGGUAGUGAUGGUAAACCAGGACUUCAAGGAUUCCAUGGCCCACCUGGUCCUCCAGGAACUGCAGGCUAUCUUUUUGGACUGAAGGGACGCCAGGGGGAUCCAGGUGAGGCAGGCAGCCAAGGUUUCCCUGGGUUCCGAGGACAAAAAGGAUUGAAAGGUGAAACAGGGGACUGUAAAUGUAUUGAAAGUGAGGAAGCCAGACGGGGUCCUGCUGGUCUACCCGGUCCACCAGGUUUUCCAGGCCCAACUGGACUGCCUGGACGGAAAGGAGAUGAUGGAGAUCAAGGUCACCAUGGUGUUCCAGGUUUCUCUGGUGAAAACGGAAUUCAUGGUGCAGUCGGAUUGCCUGGGCCAAAAGGGGAGAAAGGAGAUUCUAGAUAUGUUACAACAAAAGGUACCAAAGGAGACCCUGGAGGUCCUGGACUAUCUGGCAGUAAAGGUGGAGAUGGGUUUCCAGGAAAAGAUGGUAUAGAUGGCUUACCAGGGCUUCCUGGCCUUCCAGGUGAUGGUGUAAGAGGUUCACCAGGUGACCCUGGUUAUCCAGGACUACAAGGUGAAAAGGGCUUUCUCGGAGAGAUUGGUCUGCCAGGUGCAGGCUUACCUGGCCCGAAAGGAUACCGUGGCCCUCCAGGUGACUUUGGAACAUAUGGAAAUCCAGGGCUUCAAGGUCCCCCAGGUCCUCCAGGUGCUCCUGCCCAAUUAGAUUGUAACCAAGUUACUGAAGAUCUUUCUAGGGGAGAUGGCAUCAAGACAGUUUGGUCAGGGGCAGAAUGCGUGAGAGCACCGAAAGGAUCCCCAGGAAAGCCAGGAUUGCCAGGAGCUAUAGGUGUAAAAGGUGCUAAAGGGAUUCCAGGUGAACCAGGUCUCGAUGGAUUCCAAGGGCGAAAAGGUUCACAAGGUGAUCCAGGUCGUGAAGGAUUACCAGGUCCUCGAGGUUUUACUGGACCCCGGGGAGAUGGAGGCCCAUCAGGUCUACCAGGGCUACCGGGGAAUCCAGGCAGUGCAGGAAAACCAGGUGCCCGAGGGCCUAUAGGACCAAAAGGAAUUGCAGGUGAAGUUUUAGGAGCAGCACCAGGCACCCCAGGGGAUUUUGGACCAUCUGGAUUCCCAGGAUUGAAAGGCCUACAAGGAGAUCACGGAGUACCAGGAAUUAGAGGAGCUGGUGGUACUCCAGGUUUGUCAGGACCCAAAGGACAGCAAGGACCACCAGGUCCUCUUGGUUUGCCUGGCCUGCCAGGACGACCAGGAUUGCAUGGAUUCCCAGGGCUUCCAGGACAGCAAGGACCUCUCGGCAGAACUGGCUCAUCAGGAUUUGUUGGUUCACUUGGUGCCAGAGGAGAUCAAGGUGACCAAGGUUUUCCUGGUCCAGUGGGCAUGAAAGGUCUGGCCGGUGACAAAGGUGAACUCGGUAACAAAGGAGUACAAGGAACACCUGGGGUGCCUGGUCUCCCGGGAUUAGACGGAAUGCCUGGUUUUCCAGGGUUAAAAGGUGCUAAAGGUUCACAUGGUAUUGGAGGUUUCAAAGGUAUGUUAGGCCAGAAAGGAAAACCAGGACUGAAAGGACUCAAAGGCGAAGUCGGCUUUUUUGGCAAUCUGGGUUCUAAAGGUCUGCAGGGGGAACCAGGCCAUAAAGGUGACCGGGGAGAACGGGGUCCAGCAGGAAAACCACCAAAGAUCAUGCCAAGCGUACUGUUUGAGGUCAAAGGUGAAAAAGGAGCUAUAGGAGACCCUGGCCUAAAAGGAGAUUUAGGCUUUAAAGGUAGUAAAGGAAUGCCAGGCUUACCUGGCAAACCAGGAGUUCCAGGUUUGCCUGGAUCAACUAGUCACAUUGAAGGUGAGAAAGGAGACGCUGGUAUUAAAGGAGUGACAGGUGUUCAGGGGUAUCCUGGUACAAUUGGACCUCCUGGCAUACGAGGUUUCCCUGGAACCACUGGAAUCAGGGGUGAAAAGGGUACUGAAGGAAUCAGAGGUGAUUACGGUAGACCUGGCUCUGCUGGGCAAACUGGUGAUCAAGGAGAUACUAUAAACUUACCAGGAAGCACAGGUCUGAAAGGAGAAGCUGGUGUAACUGGAUCAUUGGGUGUCAAAGGAACCAGAGGAGAUACAGGUGAAGGAGGUGAUCCUGGUUUUAUUGGCAUUGAAGGCCUAAAAGGCACCCAAGGUUUUCCAGGUUUAAAAGGGCAAACAGGCUUCCCAGGGUUGGUUGGACCACCAGGAUCACAGGGAGACCCAGGUAUUCCUGGAUUUCAAGGUGAAAAAGGAAGUCGUGGAUGGCCUGGUUUCGCGGGACAAGCAGGUUUACCCGGCUUCCGAGGAAUCAGUGGAUUGGAUGGUUUGCCAGGGACUAAGGGCUUGCCAGGCUCCCCAGGUCCAGAUGCAUAUGGGACUGAAGGUUUCCCAGGUAUUUAUGGUGACAGAGGGGAAGCAGGCGAACCGAACACUAUUGAAGGCACCAGAGGAGCGCCAGGUCAGAAAGGAGAGAGAGGCAAUCCAGGGGAACGAGGCCCAAUUGGUGACCCAGGGUCUCAUGGAAUUCCAGGCUUUCCUGGAGUUUCAAACAUAUCAGGAAUACCUGGUGAUGUGGGUUCUCCAGGUCUAGAUGGAGUGCCAGGCUAUCCAGGACCACGGGGCAGACCUGGAAUUUCAGCUCCAGCAGGAAGCAAAGGAGAAGAUGGUCAAAUAGGUGUGCUUGGAGAAGAUGGUCAAAAAGGAACUGGAGGUGACCCUGGACCACGAGGGAGACCUGGAAUUUCAGGGUACCCUGGACCAAAAGGGCAUAAAGGCGCGCAAGGUCUCAUGGGUACUCUUGGCUUAGUGGGAGCUUUUGGUGACAUAGGGCCCAGUGGACCCAAGGGGGACAGAGGACCUACUGGUUUUCAAGGACCUCCAGGUUCUCCUGGGCCGCCUGCAGUCCCCCCUAAGCUGGUCACUCACCAGGGAACAGCAGGCCCACGUGGAAAUAUGGGUCCCCAAGGAAUACCUGGUGAGAUGGGGCCCCACGGUCCACCAGGUGAUCCAGGUUUUAGAGGCCCACCAGGUAAACCAGGGUUUCAAGGAAGAGGUGGCAUGUCAGCUCUUCCAGGUUUUAGAGGAGAUCAAGGACCAUCAGGUUUUCCAGGUCUAGCAGGCUUUGAGGGUGAACCAGGCCGUCCAGGUAACCCUGGGAUACCAGGUAUGCCAGGUCGCAGUGUUAACAUUGGGUACCUUCUGGUGAAGCAUAGCCAGUCUGAGCAAGAGCCAAUGUGCCCAGUUGGUAUGAACAAACUCUGGAGUGGCUACAGUCUACUGUAUUUUGAAGGACAGGAAAAAGCACAUAACCAGGACCUUGGGCUGGCUGGAUCCUGUUUGGCUCGUUUUAGUACCAUGCCUUUCCUCUACUGUAACCCUGGGGACAUCUGUUAUUAUGCAAACCGAAAUGAUAAAUCCUACUGGCUCUCAACCACAGCACCUCUUCCAAUGAUGCCUGUGGCAGAAGAAGAAAUUAGACCAUAUAUCAGUCGUUGUUCCGUCUGUGAAGCCCCAGCUGUUGCAAUUGCUGUCCAUAGUCAAGAUGUUUCUAUUCCACACUGUCCUGAAGGGUGGCGCAGUUUAUGGAUUGGAUAUUCCUUCCUCAUGCACACUGGAGCUGGUGAUGAAGGUGGAGGACAGUCACUGGUUUCUCCUGGGAGCUGUCUGGAAGACUUCAGAGCUACUCCUUUCAUUGAAUGCAAUGGCGCCCGAGGAACCUGCCACUACUAUGCAAACAAGUAUAGCUUCUGGCUUACCACUAUUAACGAGCAAUUCCAGAGCUUGCCCUCAGCAGAUACACUCAAGGCAGGUCUCAUCCGAACUCAUAUCAGCAGAUGUCAAGUCUGCAUGAAAAAUUUGUAA